AUGGGAUCUGUGUACAGAGAUAGGCGUUCAGGUGAGCCACCAUUGGAAAAUGGAUUACUCCCAUAUCUGGGUUGUGCCUUGCAGUUUGGUGCAAAUCCUCUUGAAUUUCUCAGAGCAAGACAAAAGAGAUAUGGCUGUGUCUUCACAUGCAAAGUAGCUGGAAAAUAUAUUCACUUUCUCACUGACCCCUUUUCAUACCACUCACUUACACGCCAUGGAAAGCAUCUGGACUGGAAAAAGUUCCAUUUUGCUGCUUCUGCCAAGGCUUUUGGACAUGGCAGUAUUGACCCAAAUGACGGAAAGACCAGUGAAGAUUUUCAUCACACUUUUAUUAAAACUCUACAAGGUAAUGCCUUGAAUCCUCUUAUUGAAACCAUGAUGGAAAACCUACAGUAUGUCAUGCUACAGUCAAGCACAUCUAAACUCCAUCCCAACAACUGGAUAACAGAUAGACUUCAUGCAUUCUGCAGUCGGGUGAUGUUUGAAGCUGGCUUUUUAACAUUCUUUGGUACAGAGCUCAAUUCAAAUCAUGAUGACAAUCUGUCUAAGCAGGAAAUGGAGAGAGCACGUAUUCUAAAUGCUCUUGAAAACUUCAAGGAAUUUGACAAAAUCUUUCCAGCCCUUGUAGCAGGCCUACCUAUCCAUAUGUUCAAGAACGCCCACAGUGCACGAGCAAAGCUGGAACAGGAACUGCUCCACGAGAAACUCUAUAAAAGGGACAACAUCUCAGAGCUUGUCACACUCCGCAUGUUCUUGAAUGAUACUCUGUCCACUUUUGAUGAUAAGGAAAAAGCCAAAACCCAUGUGGUUAUACUGUGGGCUUCACAGUCUAAUACAAUACCUGCUACUUUUUGGAGCUUAUUCCAUAUUAUUAGGAACCCAGAAGCAAUGAAAGCUGCUACUGAAGAAGUAAAAAACACAUUAGAAGAUGCUGGUGAAAAGAUUAGCUUAGAUGGCAAAUAUAUUUCCUUGAAUCGAAAACAGCUUGAUAACAUGCCAGUUCUAGAUAGUAUUAUCAAAGAAGCAAUACGAUUGUCCAGUGCAUCCAUGACCGUCAGAGUUGCUAAAGAGGAUUUUACUUUGCGUUUAGAAGAUGACUCCUAUAACAUUCGCAAAAAUGACUUUGUAGCUCUCUAUCCUCAGCUGAUGCACUUUGAUCCAGAAAUCUAUGCUGAUCCUACGAUAUUCAAGUAUGAUCGUUUUCUCAAUGAGAAUGGAGAAGAGAAGACUGCCUUCUAUCACAGUGGGCGCAAAUUAAGACAUUAUUACAUGCCAUUCGGAGCAGGAAUAGCAAAGUGUCCUGGCAGAUUAUUUGCUGUUCAUGAAAUCAAACAAUUUUUGACUUUGCUACUUUCAUACUUUGAAAUGGAACUUGUUGACAAUGAUGUGGCACGCCCUUCUUUAGAUCAGUCCCGAGCAGGACUUGGUAUUUUACCGCCAGUCAAUGACAUUGAUUUCAGGUAUAGAUUAAAAUGUCUGUGAAUAUGUAAAACAUUAUCCACAGGGAGAAAUCACUGUAAAGAUGGACAUGUAUUUGUCUAAAUGGACAGAACAGGACUAGACUAUUUUGCUAAUGCAAUGCAAUCUGCAUCAUGUACAAAGCUGAUAGAUUCCCUUUUGCAACUGUAAUUUGAGAUUUUUGCAUCUGUAACUCCAGGGUACACCUUGUCUUUCUGCUAGCAAACACAGCCUGCCUCCAUGCAUUCAGUAGGCAUUUUACUGUUCAGAUCAAAUGAUUUUCCAAAAUUUGCUUGGGGAUACAUUUUUGCCAUUUUCCCAGAUGGAGCCUCUCAUUUCCAUCAUUAUAACAGUUUCUCUUGUAAAAUGUCAGGAUUUUCACUGUUGUGUUUUGCCCAGAAAAAUGCUUUGUUUUCAUGGAAAACUAACAAAAUAUUUCACGUUUUAGUGAAACUGCACAAACUUGGUUUCUAGGAGCUUACACUGUAUGUCUUUUCACAAAGCUCUAACCACAUGAGCACAAAUGAUACUAAAUAAUGAAGAAACAUCUCUCAAUUGUCAUGUUUCAGCAUUUUUCAACAGUCCAGUGUCUCAUGGUAUAUCUCAUUGCAGUUCAUAGAUGCAGCUAGAUCUACGCAUAUGUCAUGUAGCCAUAUCUAUCUUUAAAUUAGCUAACUCACAUACCAAAGGGCACCUAUACAUGUGCCGGACAUCUGCUCUGACAUCCUAAUUAGCACACGUCAGACCAGACUCGGUCAAUAAUUGAUAAUUAGUGUGCUCCAGCAAACUCCAUGUCACAUCUAUUCAUCAUCCUCAUGCUUCAAAAAGGUGGCAGAGGCACUUUUAGCUAAAGCUUGUCAAAUGAGCUUUAGUUCAAGUGCCCCCACUGCCAUUUUGUUGCAUGGGAUGUUGAAUACGUGUGAUGCUGAGGGCACUUUAAUUAGAGUGGCUCCCAGAGUCGCUCUAAUUAAAGCACCCCCUACCCCACCCUGGAGCACGUGCAUAGACACCCAAAGUGUGUAUGGCUGUGACAGCACAGAACCUAGUUCAGGCAAGCUUCACAAAUAUUUACCCAAGGUCCUGGCUCUUGCUGCUAUGGACUGCUCUGUUGUCAAGGUAGCUAGUUUCAAGCUUUUGCAGGUAUUUCCACAAAAGGUGCAGUAACAAACUUGGAUCGGAGUGUCAUCAUGCACUUAGAAACACUGGGGUCAGUAGUAAUUAGUGUUUAUUUUCUGUUUAGUUCUUUUCUUUUCAGUAUUUCAACCAGUAGACAGACAAAAGUCCAACAUUAAGCAAAUUUCUUUAGGGUACAAAAGGCAGUUUUGUUGUCAUAUAUCAACAAUAAGGACAAAAGAAAUUCUAAUUUAACUUUUUUUCCUAUUCUGUGCAUAUUUUCAGGGAUUUAGGGCCUGAUCUGAACCUUUAUUUCUGACAUUAAUCGCAUGGCAGAUGAUGAUCAGAGAAGGUUCUGGCACAUAGAGGCAUUUUUAUCCAAAGGAGGAAUCUGGGGAUGAGUUCUUAAUUUUUCCAUCUGUUUCUGCACCCUAUUGUUAAAUAUUCAAGGACAAAAGGGAAAUAUUCUAACAUUUGUAAUUAUUUAUUACCUUAUAACUUAUUGUUGUAAUUUUAUUUAAUCAUUUUUAAUUUUCAAAAGAGACUUUGUGACAAGAAAAAUCACACAUUAUUCCUUCAUGACACUUUACUUGUAUUAAACUAUUAUAUGUCUAAUGUAAA